GAAGCGAGUUAUGUCUUGUGCUGAUGCUGAACCUUUACAGUAAAUGCAGAACACACAGGAAAACGUCGUCCUCAUGGCUAUCUUCUCGGACAGUUAAUUCCACGCCAACAAUAUACUCGCGUUUUAUAACAGCUUUUAUUUGCCUUCGCUUAUUCUGAAACAGUUCAGAUUUUUAUGUCGCAUAUUUAUUUAUAGUUUCAAAACGUUUACAUGGCUACAGCAAGCGGGAAUUGCAGCCACGGCGGCGCUGGUUCAGAGAAGGAGAGGUUGGUUUCCUCUGUGUCUCCUCACGGCUACGGCUCCAGCGACAGCAGCGACAAGCAUGUUCACCACAGACACAGCCAUGGCAACCCCCGGUUGCCCACAGCAACGGCUGGGGGCUGGCUGGGGGCAGAGCAGGAAGAGGAGGCCCUGCGCAGGAAGCUCAAGUACUUCUUCAUGAGCCCCUGUGACAAGUUCCACGCCAAGGGCCGCAAGCCCUUCAAACUGGGCCUGCAGCUGCUCAAGAUUAUCAUUGUCACGGUGCAGCUGGUGUUGUUUGGCCUCAGCAACCAGAUGGUGGUGACGUUCAAGGAGGAGAACACCAUGUCCUUUAAGCACAUCUUCUUGAAGGACUAUGACGAGGGCUCCGACGACACGUUGGCCGUGUACACACAGAGCGACGUCUACGAACACAUCUUCUACGCCGUAGACCAGUAUUUGAUGCUACCCGAGACCACGGUGGGACGCUAUGCGUACGUCUAUGGGGUCGGGGUGAACGGGAGUGCCCUCUCUCUCUGCCAGCAGUACUACAAAAAGGGCAGCAUCGAUCCCGCCAAUGAUACCUUCAACAUUGACCCUCAUGUUAUCACAGAUUGUGUGGGGGUUAACCCUCUGUCAGUCCCUCGAGCGCCUUUCGGCAGUGACUACAAGAACUUUAUCCUCAAGUUCCACAAACUCAUAAACGUGACGAUACAGUUCCACCUAAAGGCCAUCAACAUUCAGACCAUCAUCAACAACGAGAUUCCUGACUGUUACACCUUCUUCAUAACGAUAGUCCUGGACAACAAGGCUCACAGUGGUAAAGUGAGGAUCAGUCUGGAAAACCAGGCUUUUAUAAAGGAGUGUAAAGACCCCAGUGUGUCAGGCCACGCGGAGAACUACACGCGGGUAACGUUUGACGUGGUGGUGGUGAUCGUUUGUAUACUGUCCCUGGUGCUGUGUGGCCGCUCCAUACUCCGCGGCAUCAUACUACAGGCCGAGUUUGUCGAGUUCUUCAAGACCAACCUGGGCCGGAAAGUAAGCUGGGACGAAAGGAUGGAAUUCAUCAACGGCUGGUACAUCCUGCUCAUCAUCAGUGACGUCCUCACCGUCAUCGGCAGCAUCAUCAAGAUUGGCAUCGAAUCCAAGAAUUUGUCAUCAUAUGAUGAGUGUGGCAUCCUGUUGGGGACCUCCACCUUGUUGGUGUGGGUCGGAGUCAUUCGCUACCUCAGCUUCUUCCAGAAGUACAAUAUCCUGAUCGUGACUUUGCGAGCUGCGUUCCCCAACGUGAUCCGGUUCUGCAGCUGUGUGGCUGUCAUCUACCUGGGCUACUGCUUCUGUGGCUGGAUCGUGCUGGGGCCCUAUCACGUCAAGUUCCGCUCUCUCUCCAUGGUGUCGGAGUGCCUGUUCUCGCUGAUCAACGGCGACGACAUGUUUGUGACCUUCUCUGAGAUGCAGGAGAGCAGCACACUGGUGUGGGUGUUCAGCCAGGUCUACCUGUACACCUUCAUCUCCCUCUUCAUCUACAUGGUACUGUCGCUCUUCAUCGCCCUCAUCACCGGUGCCUACGAAACCAUCAAGCACCAAACCCAGGAGCCCUACCACAUUACGGACCUGCACGCCUUCAUCGCAGAGUGCACUGACACGCCCAGCUCGGGCAUGUACCGGGGCCUCGAGACCUCUCCCUGCUCCUUCUUCUGCUGCUGUGACAGAACGACAACAUACGAGGAUGUCCUUUUGGUGAACUGACUGGGUUGUGGUGUCUGGACCUACAGCGCUCUCUGCUGGCCCGGAGCACUGCACUGCAUCCAGAUUUUCAUUGUCUUUACCAUUGAAUCUGGGUCAGGCAUGAGCCAGGACUAUGAGCUGAAAACCUAGUCUUUUUUGAGUGGAUUCAUUGACGAGACCACCUGCGUUGUGUGAAUGUUAUAGGGAUGUUGCACAGUAACAUACAGCUCAACACCGCAUUCCCCACACAGAAAGAGAAGUGUUUUGCCAAAAUUGGGAUUUACGCACAAUCCAUACUUGCUGAGGGCCAUAGUGCAAUGUCUUGUUAGCACAUUUAGCUGCUUUUUAAUUGUUUUACAUGAAUUUUUAGGUGUUCAGUAAGCUACACAAGGGACAAGAACUGGACAAAGCAUGUUUUUUUUUAAUGUCAGAAGUUCUGGUUAUAUAUGAAGGUUGAUGACAAUGACAUGCAUACUUCAUCCUAGGCCAGAGACUGCUCUGGAGUAGCACUUCCACUGUCCCUGAGAGCACUAAAGUCCAGUUCACAUGACUCAUGCAAGAACGUCAUUGCCCUGUCAUGAGGCGCAAGCCCAUCAAGAACUGCUGAGAGCAAGGCUGGCUUGGCCACAGCUCUUUGUGGUCACCACCACUGAACUCAGUACAAGUCAAUUGAACUUAAACCCUGCACUGCGCCUGGACCCAAUAGCUCACUCAAUGACCUUAAUCUUUGCUCUUUGCUGUACAAAUCUCCUGCCAAAUAGGCUGUGGUUAGACAGGCAGCCCAAUUCUGAUCUCUCCCCCCCCCCCCCCACACACACACUAAUUGGCCUUUUGACCUUUCACAUCAGAUCUUUUUCAGAGUUGAUUUGAUUGGUAAAAAUAAGAUCAGAAUUGAGCUGCCUGUCUAAACGCAGCCAUAGUAUUUCAGCGUUUCAAUUAAAAAACCAGUACUCACACCCAGGUGCUGGUUCUGGUCUCCAGGAACAAUAUCCAUAGAAUUGUUCUAUAGUUUUAAGUUGGACACAGAAAGAGAUGCAGUGCAUCAUCUCAAUCACACCUACAGUACCAGUGGUUUCAGUAGGUGUUAAUCCGAUGACGCAGCACACAGGGUAAACGUCAGUGCCGUUGUUGAUUUUGUACGUGUCAAGUUCUACACUGUACAUGUUCUGUUCACGAUGCACAAAUGAUGCUUUUUAUCGCUGCGUGCUGAACACUGCUUCGUCAGAGUUAAAUUGAAAAAGGGAUCCGUAGUGAAGUAGUCAAGUCUACUCCCGAGUCUCACAAAGACCCACCAUGGCACAACAUUCCGGUCGCAAUGGAAAUAUGACUGUCCAAUUUUGCCUGACCUGAAUGUCACUUCCUUAAAUGAGGAAACUACAUGAUUGGUAAAUGGAGAGUUCAUCUAUUUUUUGUGUGUGUGAAUUUUUAAAGGCCUAUGCUCCAGUCAUGGACAAUAUGGAUGGAGAACUGCAAAUUGUAUCCGACUGGUCUAAAGAACAAAGACUGCCUGCGAGUAAUGAGGAGAGGAUAACGAGCAGGCAGGACAGCUAAGCGAGGCCAGAGGGAUGGGGUAUUUGCGAGCAUUGCAGUAAUGCUUGUGGUGUUGACCCAGAAGAAUGCUCUUACAUAUGUUUCGUUCCCAUUCUGUUUUCCGUCUCAUAAUGAUGUCUAGUUUAAAACGAACCAAUUGCUUUGUGCUUGUGAAACUUUAAAUUAUUUUUUAGUUUUUUUAAAAUGUUGGAUUGUUUAUGUAUCUAGAGCGAAAUGCCUAAGGGGAGCAUGGUCUUCAGGUUCAGGCUCCAGAAAGUGGUCAUGCAUUGAGCUUUGUACUCCAAUCACCUUUGAAGGAGGAGAAAAAAAACUUUUUUUUAUAAUAGGUUAUAGGCCUGCUUCCAUUUCGGUCCCAGCUACUCUUCUAAAAGUGAACCUUUUGGCGUUGAUAGAUUCCAUAGAACCAAGGUGUAGGCAAAGUUAUACGGGAAUAUAACCUCCCAAAUAGGCUAAAAGCUGAGCUUUCACCAUAUCCGUCCUUUAGGAUCUGAGAACACCAAAGGGCUAGAGGCCACGAGAAGUGGCUAGGGGCUGAAAUUAUACUGGGCCAUAGCCUGUCUGUUAGUGAGGAGUCAUGUAGCUCUUAUUUGAAUGGUCAUAUAGUACAUUUAAAUUAAAUGUAUGUUCUUAACUAAGCAGUACACCAACAGGAUUUGUUUUUGGCCUUGCGUUUGUAUAUUGUAGUAUUAGACACUUAAGAGGUCCUGUCCAAGCAGUCUGUAGACAUUUAUACAGUUCAUUGUGUAAUCUUUUUUUUUUUAUGUUCAUCUUACUUGAACAUUGUUUUGAGUAUGUUGGAUCUCUGUGCCACACUGGGUAUGAUGCCAAACCACUGAUGAUUAAAUGCCUGUUUGUUCACCUGGCUGGAAAUACUUCGGAGAAGGAGGAGGUGGCAAAUGCUUUGGGCUGCAUCCCGAUUCUCCACCCUUCUCCCGAAGUCUGCAUUUGCACACAUCGAUGAAUUUAAAAGCAAUGGGAUUGGUUUAAUCGUUGGCUAGAGAGAAUUUCAACUUGUUAAAUCCAUAACCGGAAGUGUGCAAGUGCAAAUAUUUUUUUAAAGGGUGAAGAAUCAGGACGCAGCCAUACUUUGGGUUCUUCACCACUUGAUUUUGAUCAAACAAGGCUGGUAAAAUAAUCUGCUUUGUUGAUGUUUGAGUUAUAUAUUGUUUGCAUGAAACUCAAGCCCAUGGUCAAGCUUAAAUCAUGAGUUUACCUCAGGAUGUAAUUACCUGAAGUUACCAGAAGGGGGAAUAAGUGCUUUUGCACCCCUCAGACUCAGACAAUAACAUCCUAAAGGAGGAGAAUCGACCACCUUACAUCUAAGAUCUGUUUAUUAGGUAGAGAGAGACAAUAGGGAUCGAAUACAACCGAAGACAAAAUGUAUUAUAGUACAACAAAUACCAUAGAUACAUUUACACAAUUCAUGUAACAUUCAAUAUGCACAAAUUCGUCACAGUCCACAUAUCAAAACGGCGAUGGUAGAUCUCCUUAAAUAGAACACUUGUGCCCAUAUCCUGGUAACACAGGAAGUUGGUGGCACCUUAAAAACCUCUUAAGGAUCUGCUCCUUUUAAAAAAAAAUCUCCUAAAAUGACAUGCCCAAAUCUAACUGCCUGUAGCUCAUGCCCCGAAGCAUGGAUAUGCAUAUUCUUGUUACCGUUUGAAAGGAAACACUGACGUUUGUGGAAAUGUGAAAGGAAUGUAGGAGAAUACAACACAAUAGAUUUGGUAAAAGAUGAUACAAAGAAAAAAAAACCCGUUCUUUAAUAUUUUUUUUGUACCAUCUUUGAAAUGCAAGAUAAAGACCAUAAUGUAUUAUUCCAGCCCAGGUGCAAUUUAUAUUUUGCAGUGUAUGUGUAAAGUUUUAGACUGAUCAAAUGAACCAUUGCAUUUCUGUUCAAGCUGUUGUAUCAAGACUGCCCAAAUGUGCCUCAUUUGUUUGAAUAACUUUUCAUGUUCAAAAUUGUGCACUCCUCAAACAAUAGCAUGGCAUUCUUUCACUGUAAUAGAUACUGUAAACUUAGAAAGUGCAGUUUAGAUUAAUUGGGGAGAAUGGGCUCGUGGUAAUGUCUGGAGCGAAAUUACUGGAAUGGUAACAAACACAUGGCUUCCAUGUUUUUGAUGCCAUUCCAUUCGCUCUGUUCCAGACAUUUUUAUGAGCCGUCCUCCCCUCAGCAGCCUCCACUGCCUGGUAACGUACCUUUCCUAAGCAGCCUUUGGCGGCUGAUGCAGCACAUCAUUCCUUCCAGCCCACUUAACCUAAUCUCAUCAUCCAUUACGUACUGUUCUGGCUGCCCAUCCUUUAGCUGGGCUCUUGGGCCACGCCCAUCUCAGUGACACACACUUUGUUUUUGCACUCUAGUAGUCUACUGGGUGUGUCCACUGUGUAUGUGCACACCACUUGAUGAUGGCGUUGUUUUUUUAAAUGGUUUUUCUUUUUUCCCACACCAAAUACAAACACACACAACGACUACAUCUCCUCUGCCAGACCCGCAUGCUCACACCUUCAUCCCUAGUGCCGGCAUUAUUGUUUGCCACUUGGCCUUAAAUUGUACCAAUUUGUUUCUUCUCAAUAUUUCAAUAAUAAAUUAUUAGAUUACU